UUCGAAAGUCCGGACGACGAAAGGCCCACGGGGCGACGAGGGUGACGAGCUGUGAAGGAUGGACCCAGAUCUAGUGCUUUUGCUGCUGAUGUGAUGAUAAGGCAGUGAUCCAGCGGUCUUUGUCACCGUCGCUCUCUAGGUCGCUCUUUGGCGAUGGCGCAUCUGAGUCGAGCACACCAUGCCCCCUUCCUCUUCAACCGGUGGGCCAAGUACGCGCCAUCCAGCUACCACUUCAAGGAAAUCAACCCAUUCGCCAAAGUCCAAUGGUACACCAGAUUACCCUGACACACGCCGCACACACAGCUAAAGAUGCGUUCAUGCAUUGCCUGCUGUGGUGUGUGUGUGUGUGUGUGUGUGUGUGUUUAGGACGUCGCAGCCGUACAAGGACCACAACAUGCCGACCAUCGCGCCCGACGCCAAGCCUCACGUGUCGCUCAAGACGGUGACCUACAUGGACGACGACAGGGGCAUCUGGCACGUCAUCGAUGCCGCCGGCAAGGUGAGGCACACAACACACCACGGACAGGCCCUGCCUGUGUGUUCCAUUCAUUGCAAUCAAUGUGGGUGUGGUAUGGGUGUUGGUGUUGGUUGUGUUGGUUGUGUGCAGACGGUGGGCAGUGUGGCGAUGAGGGUGGCGAAGCUGCUGAUGGGCAAACACAAAGUCGACUAUAACCCCAAUAUCAUCACAGGUGGGUCGGGGCGGUGUAGUGUACCGACCUAGAACACGUGUGUUGUGUGUGCAUCUGUCUGUCUGUCUGUCUGUGGGCGUCAUUCGCGUCAUUCAAUUCAUUUCAUAUGUGCCUCCAGGUGACAGUGUGAUAGUGGUCAAUGCCAUCCACGUCACCCUGCGCGGCCACAUGUGGGACACCAAGGCAUACAAAUUCAACAGAAGAAGUCAGCAAGGGACAGAAGAAGCCACUCAUCGGGCUCAUCCAACCCACCUUACCUUUUCUGUCCCUUGCUCUCACCAUGCAGCUCAUUCCCGCGGUCCCAAGAUCAUGACGGCCAAAACCAUGAUGUACAGAAACCCGUCCAUGGUGGUAAGUACCUACCUACCUCCCUCGACAAGGGCAUGGGGAGGACGGGACACAUUCCUCCAUGGCCUGGCCUGACUUGACUUAACUUGUCCCUUUGUUUGUGUGUGUGGGGUUGAUUGAUUCAGUUGAACUUUGCCGUCAAGCGGAUGCUGCCCUGCAACGGUCUCCGCAACGUCAGAUACAAGUCAGUGGGCCGCAGACAGACAGAGAAGAAAGAGCCAAGCCCGCCAAGAUGGAUGGAUGUGAUGUGCGUGUGUCGUCUUCCUCCGCGUGUGUGUGUCGUGGGUGCAGGAAGCUGUACGUGUACCCCGGGGCCAUCCAUCCCCACUGGGGUAUCCCUCAGGUAAACGGCCCGCAAGCCACCGGUCCGUCCGUGUGUGUGUGUGUGUGUGCUACGCUGUGCUGUGGUGUGGUGUGGUGUGGUGUGGUGUGUGGCUGGCCAGGUGAUUGUCCCUCGUGGCAAGGCCAAAGAUCCCCCCGUGCCCCCCUUCACCAUCCACCGAGCCUUGCCCGCGCACGACCACACACAAGACGCUGCUGCCCCUGCUGCUGUUGCUGCACAGGCCAGCUGACGAAUGAGCGUGCUGCUGCUGCUCGCAUGAUGUGCAUUGUGUACUGUAGAGGUGUGUGUGUGGUAAAUGUAGGGUGGUCUGUCUGUCGUGGUCGUGCGUGUCUCGUGUGUGGCGUUGAGGCCUCACUGAGGACACAUGUAGGUAGUGGAAGCAUCGUGACAGAGCGGGUGUUUUCCACUGCCUGCACGGCUGCUUGGUGAGGUCUGUGCCCACGCUGCACACACGGACGAUUGAAUGAGACGAUUUAGGAAAGGCACAGCACGUGGAGUCUUUCUGUACGGUGUGGUGCUGGUGGUGGGUGUGGGUGAUUUAUGACGGACGAGAGACCAUUUAGUUCGUGAAGGAGCAUUGCGCUGCAUUCAGUGUAUCCCGAUUGUCUCG